GUAAAAAUGAAUCAAAUUGCUGUUUGUCGUGUCUGUGCCUCCAGUGAAACGUUGCUCGAACUGGUCGACAUUUUCGUGAAGCACGAAGAGCAAGAAUGCAUUGCUGAUAUUCUGCUGGAGCUGGCUGGAAUACAGGCGACAGUGGAUGAUGGUUUUCCACAUAGCUGCUGUUCACAAUGUCAUUCUGAUCUUAUCAUCGCUGUAUCGGUGCGGCGGAAAUGCAUCGAAUCAGAAAAACUCAUUCGACAAUCAUUGGAUUUUAACCUUAGCUUAGCCCAUGUUGUAGACCAGCCGGAUGAUGUAUCCGUGAUAUCUUCUUUAAACGAACCGAUUCUAACGUACCAUUGCUGGGAGUGCUCUUUAGACUUCUGCAGCAAAGCGCCACUGCAGGACCACUACGAAUCCUUUCAUGCUAAUGCAAUCCAUGGCUGGAAAACUUUCGGCAUUAGUGAAGUUUCCAUGUUCGAUUCAACCGAUGAUGAACAUGAGGUGGUAGAAAUGGUGGAAGACCCGACUACAGAAGAAAACUUUUUUGUUCCUCCACCUCAAAUUCAUCGUUGCUGUGGAUGCUUACUAUCGUUCGAUACCGAUGCCGAACUGAAACAGCACUCCGAUAUGGUGCACGCCUCAAAAGCCAUACAUGUGGAUGGAAGCCGAACAUUUCAAUGUAAAGUGUGUCAUCGUUUAUUUACCACUGCCAGCGCACUGGAAAACCACCAAAAUAUGGAAUAUUUAUCACGCUUCCAGUGUGCAACCUGUGGCCUACUGUUUGGCACGAAUGUACAACUGACCAGGCACGAGUUUAAGCAUAUGCAUGGCAAAUUCACCUGUGAUAUUUGUGAUAAAAUAUUCUCCAGCCCGGAAUAUUUGAAAAACCACAUGAAAAACUUGCAUACAAAUGCAAGGGCGACGAAAUUACAGCAUCAGCAACAGCAACACGUUUGCAAUCAGUGUGGCAAGCGCGUUAAUUCGGCUUCCUAUCUGAGAGUGCACAUGCGGUUACAUUCGAACGAGCAACCAUUCUCCUGCAAUUUGUGUGGUGCACGGUUUAAGCUAAUAUCCUACUUAAAGUGGCACAUGGCAGUGCAUAUAGGACUGUACAAGUGCAAACAGUGCAAUGCAUCGUUCAAAAGCCCAUCGGACCUGCAGGAUCAUAUGAACAGUCACAAGGAUUCGAGAGAGUUUUGCUGCAAUCUGUGUGGUAAUGGUUUCUUCACGCAGAAAGCUCUGUUCAAACACAUGCGAAAGGUGCAUUCACAGUACAAAAGAAAACAAGUGUAG